AUGACUAGGUCAGGCGGGACGCCUCUAAAUCGGCCAAGCAGAGAAAAAAGCAACGAGAAGAACGGCUCGAAGAGGGUGAGCAAAGGGAAGCGCAAGAGCAACGGUGUGAGGAGCAGAAUAAGUAGCAGCAUAAACAGCCGCGUUAACGCUAACGCGAGCGCCACGGACGACCACAGCCCCACCAACGUAGGUACAGACAACCCCACGAGCAGUAGUCCCAAGAGCGUCACAAACGGCAACGCACACGAUGACUAUUACGCCAUCUUGGAAGAACUAGCAAAAUCAGAAACGCCCAAAUUUAGGUCCGUCAAGGAUAGCAUGGAUGAAAAUCUCAACCUUGAAUUUUUGAGAUCCUCCAGUGAAAAUUACACCUACAAGAUUACCUCCAGAGGCCCCGUGUGCUACUCAGCCCUCUACCGUGACGACAAGUACGUCUACCGUCACAUAAUCCUGAGCGACAACGUCAGACAAUAUGCAGAGAGCAAAGUGCGAAAAACAAAUGCCUUCCUAACCGAGCACUGCAUCGUAAAUGAGUUACAAAUAGAUAUAGGAAAGGGGUGGAAGCAUUUCAUGAUUUACGAUGGUAAAAUUCGAGAGCUGAUUUUGCGAAAAGUCCUGACCGCGGAGGAUAAGUUACGGAUGGCCGUCCAGGCGCAGAAGUAUAAUUAG